AUGCAUUCCCUGUCAAGCUUCUUGUGGUGUGUUGUCGCCAUGCUGCUACUGUGUUGGACGCCUAUUAGUGUCCACGCUGUGAGCGAAUGUGUGGCCACGGGAGAAGAAAUGACAUCGUUUGAAUGCUUCACAUCGGGCAGUCAACCACGCGACAUUAUGAAGUGCGAAGACACGGACAAACGCUGUGAGAUCUGGGCCAAACAAGGCGAAUGCAAGAGCAAUCCUCAGUACAUGUUGAUUUAUUGCAAAAAAUCGUGCGAAUCCUGCAUCAGCGGUCACGCCGGAGAAGUCCAAGUGGCACCCGACCCCAAGGUCCGCUCCAAGGUGAUUAAAGUGUUGGUGGAAACACAACAAUACUUGAAAGAACAGGCCGACUUUAAGGCCAAGAUAUUGCGAACGUGUCGCAACAACAACCAACAUUGUGCGCAUUUUGCCGCUCUGGGGGAAUGCGACAAGAACCCAAAGUUCAUGCACGAAAACUGCGGACCGGCAUGCAAAACUUGCAAGUGA